AUGGAGAAGGGUGACGUCGAGGCCGUCAGCGUCCUGGAGCCGCCGGUUGACUGGGCGAACGUUGGAUGGAAGAAGAAUCCGCUCAAGUCGCUCUUCUUCGCUCAAGUCACCCCGCUCAUCUCCGAGGGCACCGUGCGGCGACUCGAACCGACGGACCUGUGUCACCUCGACGCUUUAGACAGCCAAGUGCUCACGAGCAACUUCGAAGAAGAUUGGGCCAAGGAAAAACUCAAGCCCAAGCCAAACUUGGUCAGAGCGCUUCUCGAACGUCACAAAUUUACGUUCGUCUGGACUGGAAUUUUGUUCGGAAUUGCGCAAGCAUCCUUGUUUGCGGGACCUCUGUUACUGCGAGAGAUCGUUGGUGGCAUUGAGUGCGAAGCGAUGGCGACCAAGCUAGGCGUCAGCGGUGAACAAGCCGGGUGCACAUCGCGGAGCAAAAUGUAUGAGUUCGCAAUUCUUUUGGCUGUUGCUUCGAUUUUGCAGAAUUUCUGCGCAGCGCAUCAAGAAUUCGGACUCCAGAAAGUGGGAAUAUCGGUUCGUAACAGCUUGAUGUGCGCGUUAUAUCGCAAGGUCCUUCGUCUCUCUCCGAAGGGUCUGCAAGCGGAGUCCACCGGUCGCAUCGUGACGUUGAUGUCCAACGAUGUCAACAAACUGCAAGAAUUGUUCGCCAUGAUUCACAACCUGUGGGCAGCGCCGAUAUUCAUAUGUGCUUCUUUCGUUUUGCUAUACGACGUGAUUCAAUGGAGCGCUUUCAUCGGCUUUGCGUGCAUCAUCGUAGCGGCUCCGUUCACAUUUAUUGUCGCUAUGACGCUGUUCAAGAUAAGACGCGGCCUGACGAAGUGUGCAGAUGAACGCAUUAACAUCUUGAGUGAAGUUAUCAAUGGAAUGAGAGUCAUCAAGUAUUACGCAUGGGAGCACGCGUUUGCGCAACGAGUGCGUGCAAUCCGAAAUCGCGAGGUUGCGCUCGUUUGGAAGUCACAAAAAGUUGGCGCGCUCUUCGGCGUUGCUCUUUUCAGCACGCCCGUUUUCAUCGCCGUUUGUUCUCUGGGCUCUUACUCUCUCGCAGGCAACCCGAUCGUCACCAGUAAGGCGUACACCGCUUUGGCGUUGUUCAACAUGUUGCGAUUUCCACUGGUGUUGGUGCCGUUUUUACUCAACACGCUGCUCAACGCGCUCAACGCCAUUCAACGUUUAGCGUCUUUCUUGGACGCGGAUGAGUCGUUGGAUUACGAGUUGGACCAUUCCGAAGUCGGUGUGGUUCGUUGCUCAAACGCGACGUUCGGAUGGCCGACGCUUCCGAAGGCUCAAGAGGAGCUAACCCCCAAGGGACCCCCGAGUCGAGGCAAGAUGGCGGCAGCAGACAAGGAGCCGAAAAAAGAGGAAGUCUCAGUCGUGGAUGAAAGUGUCGUAGACGUGACACUUGCGGAACAGCAACCGUUUGAGCUCUCAGGAGUGGAUUUCGAAUCAAAACCUGGAAGUCUCACCAUGGUUGUCGGUCCGGUUGGAUGUGGCAAAUCGACGCUCGUAUCCGCCUUGACGCAAUUCAUCCCGUGCAAGAGUGGUGACAUCAAGGUGAGCGGCUCUGUGUCGUUAUGUGCGCAACAAUCUUGGAUAUUAAACGCAACAGUGAAGGAUAACAUUCUCUUCGGCAAGCCUUACGACGCCGUCGAAUACGAAAGAACGAUUCGCCUGGCACAACUCGUGGAAGACCUGGACAUCUUACCGGCUGGCGACCAAACGAUCAUCGGCGAACGAGGCGUGACUCUUUCUGGUGGUCAAAAGCAACGCGUUUCGAUCGCACGUGCGAUUUACGCGGACAGCGAUGUUUACAUUUUUGAUGAUCCGCUGAGCGCUGUGGACAACCAUGUUGGUGCGGCUCUCUUCAAGGAAGUCAUCACGGGUGUUCUGAAGCAAAAGACGAUCAUUCUCAUCACGAAUGCGCUACAGUACUUGCCGAAAGCGGAUCAGGUGGUUGUUUUGAAGGAUGGCUCAAUGCAAGAGAGUGGCAACUACGCCUCACUCAUGGCGAAAAGAGGAACUUUCUACGAUCUCAUGCAGACGCACGGCAUUCACGCUGAAGAUGAGAGAGAAGAAUCAAAAUCAAAGACAAAAGAGAAACCUCUCGCAGGAGACAUGUCGAAAACAAUGGUACCCUUCUCCAAGAAUAAUGAUACCAUGAAAGAGGAAGAGCGCGCGAUAGGUAACGUUGGUACUCGUGUUUAUAUGAAGCUCUUUGAGGCCACCGGCACAAAGUGGAAUUUCAUUUUCGUCGUGUUCUUCUUCGGUUGCGAGUAUGGCUCUAAGGCAUUACUCGAUUACUGGUUGACUUGGUGGGCGAAGAAUGAGUUUGGAUUUUCGAGCAACGAAUACCUCGCGGUUUACUUCGGAAUUUUCGUCCUUAACGGCGUUUUCGUCUUCGUGAGAAGCCUGACGCUUUACUUUUUUCUGUGCCGAGCUUGCAGAUGGAUGCACGAAAACUUGCUUUCACGAGUGCUGAAGAUGCCGAUGAGUUUCUUCGACACUACACCCAGUGGUCGCAUCAUCAAUCGCUUCAGCCGAGAUGUCGAAACGAUCGAUAUUGUCUUACCUGGUAUCGUCGUGCAAUUCAUGGGAUGCAUCUCAAACAUCAUCACCACGCUUGUGAUAGUUUGCGUGGCGACCAAGUGGUUCACUGUUGCCCUUUUACCUAUCAUCUUCAUUUACGUCAUGAUUCAAAGGUUUUAUAUUCCCGCCUGUCGUGAACUACAGCGCAUCGAAUCUGUCACUCGUUCGCCUAUUUAUAGCGGUCUGGGUGAAGCAGUGAACGGAGUCGAAACCAUUCGUACUUUCCGCGUGGGAUCGCACUUCACCGCGAUGGCCUACAAAGCAAUGGAGAAGAAUGCGGACGCUUUCGUGACGCAAAGACUUGCGGCGUUAUGGUUAGCGAUUCGAUUGCGUCUUAUCGGAGCUGUUAUCGUGUCAUGUGCCACGUUCUUGGUGAUCCAAGGAAACGUGAGCGCCGGCUUGGCUGGCUUGACGCUGGUGUACGCUCUGGACGUCACCAAAUACAUGGAACACGGCACCAACAUGGCGAGCGAAUUGGAGACGAAAAUGAACGCGGUAGAGCGUGUCGUGCAGUAUUUGGAUAAAGAAUUAGAAAGCUCGCACGUCACGGAGCCCAGUGUGGCUCUCGGACUUCCAGUUGACUGGCCGAAGAAGGGAAAGCUGGAGAUAGAUAAUCUCAGCAUGCGUUAUCGCCCCGAGUUGCCGCUCGUACUCAAAAAUUUAACCUUUGCCGUCAACGCCGGCGACAAGGUCGGCAUCUGCGGUCGCACUGGCAGCGGUAAAUCAUCUAUGUUCGUUGCGCUCUUCCGUAUCGUAGAGCCAUCUUCAGGCACCGUGCGGUUGGAUGGCGUUGACAUCAGAACGCUCGGAUUGCACGAUUUGCGCUCAAAGAUGGCGAUGAUUCCGCAAGAUCCCUUCAUGUUCGCCGGGUCUAUCCGUAGUAACCUUGAUCCAUUCGAAGAACAUAAAGACGACGCGGUGUGGGAGGUUUUAACAAAGGUUGGACUGCGAGCGAUGGUUGAGAAGGCGGUGAAGCGCCUGGACAUGGAGGUCAUUGAUAAUGGCGCAAACUUUUCGCUCGGUCAGCGACAGCUUCUUUGCAUGGCUCGCGCCUUGCUGCGUCAAAGUCGCGUGCUCAUGAUGGACGAAGCGACAGCAUCGGUCGACAUGGAUAGCGACGCGUUGAUUCAAAAGACGGUUCGCGAGGCAUUCAGCCAGUGCACGACGCUCACCAUCGCGCACCGCUUGAACACCAUUAUGGACAGCGACAAGGUGGCCUUCCUUGACAAAGGCGAACUCGUGGAGUACGGUGAACCUCAAGAUUUGUUGCAGAAUAAGGGUGGCAAGUUCUCAGCUCUCGUGGCCCAAAGUGGCAGCAAGCGUAACGAGACCUUCCUCCGCGGCUUGGCCCAAGACGCCUCCAUCAAGCGUUCGCAGUCGCAGUCCUCGCUCGAGUAG